AGUUGGAGAGCCGAGAGCGGAGCUCAAAAGUGAGUGGGAACUUCGGUGGCGCGGAGACUUGCUAGUUUGACCGCGGGAGCUUUUCUUUGAGCGAGGCGAAGAGAAGGGGUGCAAGCGCCCACACUUUUGCUCUUUUUCUUCCCCUCCUCCUUCAACUCUCCAAUUCGCCUUCCCCCAUUUGGAGCGGGCAGCUGCGGACUGGCCACCCGGUGCCUUCCUAAGUGUUCGUCGCUGCAGCCAGCAGCCGCGCCAACCGCCCCGGGAGCCGCUAGCUCCGCGUCCGGGCACCCGAGGGGAGUGGAGCCCGCGCCUCGCGUCCCCGAGCCGCAGCGGCUUCUCGCCUUUCCCGGCAACCCGCCCCCUGUCCCGGGCCCGCGUAUGAAUCUCCUGGACCCUUUCAUGAAGAUGACCGACGAGCAGGAGAAGGGCCUGUCCGGCGCCCCCAGCCCCACCAUGUCCGAAGACUCGGCGGGCUCUCCUUGCCCUUCGGGCUCGGGCUCCGACACCGAGAACACGCGGCCUCAGGAGAACACUUUCCCCAAGGGCGAACCCGAUCUGAAGAAGGAGAGCGAGGAGGACAAGUUCCCCGUGUGCAUCCGCGAGGCUGUCAGCCAGGUGCUCAAGGGCUACGACUGGACGCUGGUGCCCAUGCCAGUGCGCGUCAACGGCUCCAGCAAGAACAAGCCGCACGUCAAACGGCCCAUGAACGCCUUCAUGGUGUGGGCGCAAGCGGCGCGCAGGAAGCUCGCGGACCAGUACCCGCACCUGCACAACGCCGAGCUCAGCAAGACGCUGGGCAAGCUUUGGAGACUUCUGAACGAGAGCGAGAAGCGGCCCUUCGUGGAGGAGGCGGAGCGGCUGCGCGUGCAACACAAGAAGGACCACCCGGAUUACAAGUACCAGCCGCGACGGAGGAAAUCGGUGAAGAACGGGCAGGCGGAGGCCGAGGAGGCCACGGAGCAGACACACAUCUCCCCCAACGCCAUCUUCAAGGCGCUGCAGGCCGACUCGCCUCACUCGUCCUCGGGCAUGAGCGAGGUGCACUCCCCUGGCGAACACUCGGGGCAAUCCCAGGGCCCACCGACCCCGCCCACUACCCCCAAAACAGACGUGCAGCCGGGCAAGGCUGACCUGAAGCGAGAGGGGCGCCCCCUGCCAGAGGGGGGCAGACAGCCUCCCAUUGACUUCCGCGACGUGGACAUCGGCGAGCUGAGCAGCGACGUCAUCUCCAACAUCGAGACCUUCGACGUCAAUGAAUUUGAUCAGUACCUGCCGCCCAACGGGCACCCAGGGGUGCCGGCCACGCACGGCCAGGUCACCUACUCUGGCAGCUACGGCAUCAGCAGCACCGCGGCGACCCCGGCGGGGGCGGGCCACGUGUGGAUGUCCAAGCAACAGGCGCCGCCCCCGCCCCCGCAGCAGCCCCAGCAGGCCCCGCCGGCGCCCCCACAAGCGCCCCCGCAGCAACAGGCAGCGCCCCCGCAGCAGCAGGCAGCGCCCCCGCAGCAGCCUCAGGCUCACACGCUGACCACGCUGAGCAGCGAGCCUGGCCAGUCGCAGCGAACGCACAUCAAGACCGAGCAGCUGAGCCCCAGCCACUACAGCGAGCAGCAGCACUCGCCGCAGCAGAUCGCCUACAGCCCCUUCAGCCUCCCGCACUACAGCCCGUCUUACCCGCCCAUCACCCGCUCUCAGUACGACUACACUGACCACCAAAACUCCGGAUCCUACUACAGCCACGCCGCCGGCCAGGGCUCCGGCCUCUACUCCACCUUCACCUACAUGAACCCCGCCCAGCGCCCCAUGUACACCCCCAUCGCCGACACCUCUGGGGUCCCUUCCAUCCCGCAAACCCACAGCCCCCAGCACUGGGAACAACCGGUGUACACACAGCUCACCAGACCUUGAGGAGACCGCAGAGGGCGAAGACGGCCGAGAUGAUCUUAAAAAUAACCCAAGAAAUAAAUCAACCAGAAUUUCCUUUGGACUUUUUUUUUUUCCCCUGUUCCUUAGAGACACUUAAGCUAAAGGCAACUCGUACCCAGAUUCCAAGACAGAAACAUUAUCUACCCAACGCAUUGCCAACUUGUGGAAGCAGUGGCCGAGGCACCCUGGGAGAGACGGACCCGCCGGAUCGAGGAGAAACUGGACUUGAAUAUGUUGUUCAGAGCGAGCGUGGAGGGCGAUGGAGAACCGUGUGAUCAAUUUUGCUCAAUCUCUCUGCCUGUUUGGACUUUGUAAUUAUUUUUUAGCAGUAAUUAAAAAAAAGGUCCUCUGUGAGGAAUAUUCUCUAUUUUAAAUAUUUUUAGUAUGUACUGUGUAUGAUUCAUUACCAUUUUGAGGGGAUUUAUACAUAUUUUUAGAUUAAAAAAAUUAAAUGCUCUUAUUUUUCCAACAGCUAAACAUAGUUGAACAGCGCGUGCCCUAGCUUUCCUUGCAACCAGAGUAUUUUUGUACAGAUUUGCUUUCUCUUACAAAAAAAGAAAAAAAAAAAACAAAGACAAAAAAAAACCUUUUGUUGUAUUAACAUAAAAAAGAAAAGCAGAAUUGUAUUAUGAGAUCAAUUUGGGGAGUUAUCUUUGUUUAAUUCCUCAGUCUUUCCAAUUCUAGGAGGAGCUGCCUUAAUAGAAAAAGAAAGGCCUUAUUUUGCCAAUAUGGGGUAAACAGUAAUAGUCUAGAGAAGCAUUUGGUAAGCUUUAUCGUAUAUAUAUUUUUUAAACGGAGAAUAACACCUUGAGCCUUAAAAUCAUGCUGCUGAAAAGUACUUGUGCUCUCUUUUAGCGCACUAUCCCUGCCUUUGCUUGAUUGCUGCAGUCUUAAUAAAAAGGCAAAAGGCAAGCGAAGGAGACGAAAUCUGUUUUGGGAACAUUUCAGCAGCCAAUAAGUGCCCCAGUGCACUGCCCCUGGUUGCCUGCCCGGGCCCCACGUGGAAUGCAGAUGCUCGUGCAUUCAGACUGUCACCUGUGCCUCUCUGAACACCAGCAGUUAACCUUCAAGACAUUCCACAUGCUAAAAUUAUUUAUUUUGUAAGGAGAGGUUUUCACUUAAAAAAUAAAAUCUUCCUUUUUUUUUUUUAAUUUACUUUCUUUAAAAUAGGUUGUUGGAGCCUUCCUCAAAGGGUAUGGUCAUCUGUUGUUAAAUUAUGUUCUUAACUGUAACCAGUUUUUUUUUUUAUUUAUCUCUUUAAUCUUUUUUUUUUUAUUAUUUUAAAAGCAAGUUUCUUUGGAUUCCUUGUCCUAGAUUUGUACAAAUGCCUUUUUGUCUGUCUUUUUUUUUCUUUUUGCUUCGUUAUUUUUGUUGAAAACAAACUGGAAACUUGUUUCUCUUUUUGUACAAAUGAGAGAUUGCAAAUGUAGUGUAUCACUGAGUCAUUUGCAGUUUUCUGCCACAGACCUUUGGGGCUGCCUGAAUGUGUGUGUGUGUGUGUGUGUGUGUGUGUGUGUGUGUUGUGACACAAAACAAUGCAAGCCUGUGUCACUGAUAUUCCCCUGCUUGUUCUGUUGGAGAGGGAGGAUACCAGAGGGGGGUCAGCCCACUGACAGACCUUAAUCUUAAUGACUUCUGUGGCUGGAGAGUUUGAGGAUUGCUUUUUAAAAAAGACAGCAAACUUUUUUUUUUUUAUUUAAAAAAGAUAUAUUAACAGUUUUAGAAGUCAGUAGAAUAAAAUCUUAAAGCACUCAUGAUAUGGCAUCUUUCAGUUUCUGUAUAAAAGCAGAUCUUUUUAAAAAGAUAUUUCUGUAACUUAAGAAGCCUGGCAUUGAAAUCAUAUUUUGUCUUUAGGUAAGGUUUGGUUUGUGUUUGUGUUUUAUUUCACUUGUGCUCUGCCCCCUCCCACAAACCUUUUGUUCUCUCUGUGAAACUUACUUUUCCUUUUUUUCUGCCUUUCUUUCUUUUUUGUAUAUUAUUGUUUACAAUAAAUACACAUUGCAUUAAAAA